AUGAAUGGCAAGGUUUCGAUCAGCUUGGACAAAAUUCUGGUCGAGUUUGCUUCCCAGAUAGAAAAGAAUCGCAGUGCUAAGGAACAUGUGGAUCAUCAGAUAAAUUUGUACACUGCAGAAAUCACAGAAAAAAAGAAUGAAAUUGCUUGGUUGGAGGAAAAUAUAAAGAAAAGCAACGAGGCAAUUGCUGAUUUGCAAAAGCACAACGAGAGCAGCAAGAGGCACUGUGAUGCCUGGAGGCCCACCUAUGCAAUUCUUCAAAAGCAUGGAGAAUAUUUGAUAAAUGAAGUGAAAGCUUUAGAGGAAGACACAGAAAUUGAGAGGAAAAUCUAUGAGGAUUCCUUAACCCAGUGUAGGAUGAAUUUGGAGGAGCACCACAAAAAAUAUACAGAAACUGCUCUGGCCCAGAAGUAUUACCAAAUAAAGGAAGAAGUUGAAGAAAUUCAAAAGGGAGUUUGGAAACGCCUUGAAAAAUACAAAUGGAAAGAAGAUGUUUGCUUGGAUAUUCUGGAGGCUGUUCCUUUUACAUCCAUAAAUGAUUGGGCUGAACGUAUUGCCUCUCUGAGGAAAAAAACACAGGAAACCUUGCAGCUUGCUGAAGCUGCUGCACAGGAAACCAUCAAACUGGAAAAAGAAGCUGAAGAAUUACAAGUGAAAAUUGACUGCUUAGAAAAGAGCUUCAGAGAGACUAAAGAAGAUAAAAAUAAUUCCAAAAAGAUUGAAGGAAAAAAUCAGAAAAUUCUUGAGAAGCCAGAACUGUUUAAAGAAAGGGUGUGUGAAGAGCGUGAACACCCAUGUUUGCCAAAGGGGAAACAUCAGCUGUAUAAAACAUUGCAUGUCCCGUGCAUUCCUCGGAAAUUUGUCCAGUCUGUACAGAGUUUUAGAUUCUCAAAGCAAAGACCAGAAACAGGGAAAGAAGAAAAAGAAAAAUCAGUGGAACUUUCAGUGGCCACCAGCAGUUCCUCCAGUCUUGCAGAAAAUUUAUCACAGACAAUGGUUAUUGGCACUGCAGGGACUAAUCGCCCACAAAUUGCCCGAGUUCCAUCAACACAAGCCAGGAGGCCAAACAUGUUGAUGAAGCAGCAGAUGAGCACAUGGACUGCUCGUAUGUACCUCAACAUUCAAAGUUUAGGUUGUGAAGAAGGAACACCAAAAUCUCCUGCUUUCUUUUCUCACCUCAACUUCUCCCAGAAGUCACCUGGCUUUAAUUUAUUUGAUUCUUCUCUGUUUGGAGCACAAAAUUCAUCUGAUGAGACAGAGGAAAAUUAUUCUCUGGGAAACCUGAACUCUCCGUCCUCACAUGAAGAUAUUAGUAGCUUCUUUGGGAAACCAGAAAAUGAGGAUGCAUUUACCUUUCCCUUCCCCUCGGAAUCAACUUCUCAUGCAUUUGGAGAUGGAAAAGAUGAUGUUGGUUUUUCAUUUGCAUUUGGACAGGAUCAGAGAUCACCACAGUCUCCUCCUCUGAAAGGUUUUCAUUCUUCCACACAAAAUACAAAGCCAUUUACAUUCUUUUGA